CCAAUCACGUGCCUUUCCACUUGGCCUCGGCCAUCCAAAUGUCGGUAGAUGGGAAUUCAAAUGGAUGAUAAAGGGUAAAGGAAACUUCCCUUUGGAUUAGCUAUAAAAUGAUUUUGAGAUCGGGGGAAUUUGAGGCACGUACAGCUGGAGCAAUGUAUACAAGGGGAGAAUUAUACCGUUGUGUUUGAAGAGGAUUAGCUUUGCUCGAGCGAAUGGUAGGUCAGAUUCAGCAAACAUUUACAACAAUAUAUACAAGGGGAGAAUGAUACAGUUGUGAUUAACAGGACGGGUUUUGCUUGUCGGAAGUUUUUAGUUAUGGUGUAUUUUAAGGCAAAGUCUUCCAAACAAUAUUAUAAAAAUAAUACAUUACAUGAAACUUCCCAAUAUAUAUAUAUAUAAUCCUAAUUCCCAUGUCCCAUUGUCACCAUUUCAUGGAUAUCAUAAUCUCUCUCUUCUCCAUCUCCAUUUUCAUCUUCCUCCUCCUCAAAUUCCGGCCACCCGCCGCCCUCUUUCCCAGCCACUCUUCUCCGUCGACGUACCCUCUCAUCGGCUGUCUCCUCUCCUUCUACAAGAACCGCCACCGCCUGUUGGAUUGGUACACUGAGCUCUUGUCCAAAUCCGCCACUGGCACUAUUGUCAUCCGCCGCCUCGGCUGCCGGCGGACGGUGGUGACGACGAACCCAGUUAAUGUUGAGUAUAUUUUGACGACCCAUUUCCUUAAUUUUCCUAAAGGGAAACCUUUCACUGAGAUUUUGGGCGACUUUCUUGGCUGUGGAAUUUUCAAUGUCGACGGCGAGCUAUGGCGGACGCAGCGGAAGUUGGCUAGCCAUGAGUUUAGCGCAAAAUCGCUGCGGGAAUUCGUCGUCAAGACAUUGGAGUUGGAGGUCGAGAACCGGUUGUUGCCGAAUAUCGAAGCUUCGACUCGAGAUAAUGUAGUCGUCGACUUACAGGAGUUACUAAGAGGGUUUGCAUUCAGUGUAAUAUGCAAGGUUUUAUUGGGAGGUGAAGAAGAAGCCAUUUCCGAGCUCGAAAAGAGCUUCGAUGUAGCGUCGGAGGUGAGCGCCGGGCGGGCGACGAAGCCAGUUUACAUGAUAUGGAAACUGAAGAGAUGGUUUGGUGUCGGGUCAGAGCGGCGGUUGAAGAUGGCGGUGGCGGAAGUUCACCGGAAGGUGAUGAACAUCAUUGAGAAGAGAAAGAAGAAGAAGAUCCAGGAUUUCCAUGACAGCGAAGAUCUCUUGUCCAGGUUGAUCUCUGUUGGCCAUGACGACGAGGUAAUUCGAGACAUGGCCAUAAGCUUCAUCAUGGCAGGUCGAGACACAACAUCGGCUGCCAUGACAUGGCUGUUUUGGCUACUCACCCGUCACCCCAACGUCGAGAAACAAUUAGUAGAAGAAAUAGACUUUGAAUCAACUUUGGUAGUCGAAAAGAAAUUUGAUUAUAAAUCUCUCAAGGAGCUCAAAUUUCUGAAGGCAUGCCUUUGCGAAACCAUGCGACUCUACCCACCAGUCCCAUGGGAUUCCAAGCAUGCCAUUGUCAACGACUGCUUGCCCGACGGGACUCCGGUUCAGGCUGGCGACAAAGUGACAUAUUUCCCAUAUGGGAUGGGUAGGAUGGAGGCAGUAUGGGGAAAGGAUCGGUUCGAGUUCAAGCCGAGCCGAUGGCUGCUAGAACCAGAGGGUCGUGGACGGAGAAGAGGCGUGAAAUUAGUGAGUCCAUACAAGUUUCCAAUAUUUCAAGCCGGACCAAGGGUGUGUUUAGGAAAAGAGAUGGCUUUCAUUCAGAUGAAGUACGUAGUAGCUUCAAUUCUCAGUCAAUUCAGAAUCAAACCCAUCGUCGCCGCCUCCGACUCCGACGACCCUGUGUUUGUGCCGCUGCUAACGGCACACAUGGCCGGCGGCUUCAAAGUUCUGUUUCAGAGGAGAGAGAAAGAGAAAGAGAGAGAAAAUUCAAAACAUACAAAAUUACCAAUUUAAACAAUCAGAAGAAGAGUCAAUUCAAACGAUUCCAACACAGAACUGACAGAUAACAGAGUGUUGAAAAACAUACAUGAAUUCAGAAACCAAGAACAGUUCUUAAUUUCACCAUUUCCAUUUUCUUAUAUUAUUCACAAUAAUAUUAUGAAAUGAAUAAAAAAAACUCAUUCAAGUCAA